CUCUCCCUCUCUCAAACGAGUCAGUGUGUCAGUGCGCUGCGAGCGGCUGGAUGAGGCUCAGCAGAAGGUUUUUCCUCAGCGAGGAGAAGGAGAUACUGGCUGCCUGAAUGACGCUGGGAUUAUCCACUUCAUUCACAUGAUCCAUAUCAUUCAUAUCACCCAUCUCCGGGCGGGACGGAGGAGUGGGGUCUUUGCAUAGAGAUGAUUAUUUUUCUGUCUGCGUCUCUAGGACAUAAAUCAGUAGAACAUCAGUCGAUGUUCUAGAACGUUGGCUUUUUGUACUUUAAUUGUUACGUGUGCUUUUGUUCUCUUAUUGGUUGAUUCUCUGGAUUGUGACGUGCUCAGUUUAUUCCAAACCACUGAUCUGCUCGACAGGAACCUUUUGGAUGAAAGAGCAAAACAAAAAAAAGGUCCAGUGAGUGAAGAAGCACCGCGGAGUUACAAGUUGAGUCUCGGAGGAGAAAGAGAUAGAGGAAAGAAAGGAAAACAGAAAGAGAGCAGCAGUGUGGAGCGCUGAGGAUGGGACUUGGCGAGGGAGAGAAACACGCUCCGUCUUAAACAGUCACCCAUCUGUCCUCAGGGUUUCAGUUCGAGCCUGCGUUCUCACAUUCAUCUCUGGGGAGGCGAACAAAAAGAGAAAAGCCCAGUACAGAAGAGGAGGAAAGAGGAAUGGAAUCGAAGACGAAUCAUAGAGACGAGUAGAGCAUAAUAAAAAUCAAAUCUGAAAAAAAUAAAGACUUCUUUCUGCCAAAAAAAAACGUCUUCACGGAUCUCUAGUGCUGGAGUUCCUUAGCACGCGCAGGCAAGAGAACGUUUAAACACUAGACUUUGUGGUUAAAGCUGCUUUUUAGGCUUCAUAUCUUCAAGAGGAAAGUGAAAGCCUGGUCUGUGUGCGUUAAACUGCGGUGUGAUCUCCAUGCGGGCUCCUCACACUCGCUGUCCAUCCACACACUGACGGGCUGCAGCUUCAGCCAGCAGCGGCUCACCGGGGGCAAAACUAGCCGAGCUAUGAUGGGUUCAAACGUGGACAUGGCGAGAUGGAGCUCUGGCAUUCUGCUCAUGUUCCUGCUGGAUUUAGUCGGAGUGGCGGCGACCAACAUGGAACCCAUCUACUGGAAUUCACUCAACAAAAGGUUUAGUGAUGAUAGGGGCUAUGUCCUGUACCCCCAGAUUGGGGAUCGCCUAGACCUCAUCUGUCCAGGCUCGGACCCUCCUGGACUCCGAGCUCCACCAGAGUACGAGUACUACAAGCUCUAUCUGGUGUCCUCACGGGAACAGGCAGACAGGUGUGAGGUGACCGGCACUCCCAACCUACUCUUGACCUGCGAUAAACCCAACAGUGACAUGCGCUUCACCAUCAAGUUUCAGGAGUAUUCGCCCAAUCUCUGGGGACAUGAGUUCAAAACCAUGCAGGACUACUACAUCAUUGCUACGUCAGACGGUACACGGCAGGGUCUGGAAAGCAUGAGAGGAGGAGUGUGUGCCACACAGGGCAUGAAGGUGGUGCUCAAAGUGGGACAAAAUCCCUAUGGAUUGCCUCCAAAGUCUGCCAAGCCUGACCAGACAGGCCGUACCAACACCAGAAACCCAGGUGCCUCUGGAAACACUACAUUUCCCAGAGUUCCCGGCACAGGUGGCGCUCCAGCAGACAGAGAGAACGGCCCUCUCCCGGCCUCCAACAUCGCGGUGAUCGCUGGCGCGGCUGGAGGCUCCGCCUUCCUCCUGCUGGUCACCGCCGUCAUCUGCGUGGUGUGUUACCGGCGGAGACACUCCAAACACUCCGAGUCCCACCACCCUCCGCUCUCUCUCUCCUCUCUCACUUCACCCAAGCGGGGCGGAGGCGGGGGCGGCGGCGGCAACAACAACGGCUCGGAGCCCAGCGACAUCAUCAUCCCGCUGCGGACUUCCGACUCGGCCUACUGCCCACACUACGAGAAGGUGAGCGGAGACUAUGGUCAUCCGGUCUACAUCGUCCAGGAGAUGCCCCCUCAGAGCCCCGCCAACAUCUACUACAAAGUAUGAGGACGAGGGGCGCCUUGACUGCCAGCCUACAAUUAAAAAAACCUACACCAUGCCAAUCUCGCCUACUACCUAAACCAUAACAGUAUGAACCGACCCCCCCCCCCCCCCUGCAGUCCAGCUGUGGCUGGGCUGCUCUCAAGCCUUUUGACCGUGCACACAUACACACAUACACACACACACCCAUAUAUGCGUCUAGACACGCCCGCCCUAAAUCACAGACUUUUGCUGAUAAAUGAGGCGUGUGCGUAUUGAAAGGACUUCGUUUGAAAGCUUCUCGCUCCCUCAGAUAUCGGAGCGAAUAUAAAGCUUUCCUAACGUUGAUCUCGGAGCGGUAGAUGGAAAAAGGCUCUGCCGCUCGAGGAGCCUCUUAGAAAUGUUGCCAGAGCAUGAACUCUGAAAGAAAACGACUGAAAGCGAACUCUCAACCACUCUGAUGUUCCGUGAACUUGCGCUACAAUAACUCAAAGCUAGCAGUUUAGUUUGUUCGUUUGUGUUUGUUCCUCCUCUGAUGAAGGGGCGGGUCCUAGGACGGAGCCGGUCGAAGCGCGGCGCUGACCUAACAUGACCACAGGCCCCGCGUUUGAUCGGAGGAGUCGUAGCGGCAUUGGAAAUCUUGUAUAUUUUAAUAACGUGCGUACUUUUGUGAGUGUGUAGGUUAAUAAUUAUGACACUGCUGGCGCGCAGAGGUGCGUGCGCAUAUCGUGUGCUUCAGUGGCGGUGCGUGUUUCUGUGCGUGUGUCGGGGAGAGAGCGCUGUACUCGAAUGAAUGGGAGCGUGUUCGUUUGUUAGACUGUUUCAAAAAACCAAAACACAAAAAGUGAGCGAAUAUCAAAAAAAAGUUUUUUUAACUGCUUUGAUCACUUAUAGAUUAUAAUUAUAUAUGAAUAUUCAGUAGAAUAAUUCUUAGAUGUUUUUUUUUUCCUUUCCUCCAAUUGUAAAAUGACGUUUCCGUUGCUAGGCUCUUUUGUUUUUUCGUUAUUAUCAUACUCUUUUUCAUUUCUUCGGCUUUGCAAAGUGCUGACCCUGUUUUUUCCCCUGCCUUUUGUAUUGUAAUUUAAUUUAAUGCUUUUUUUUGUUAUUAUUAUUAUUUCCUUUUGCAAACUGAGGUCGUUUUUUUUUCUUUUUCUCGCUCUCUUUUUUUCCCCAACCCCUUAACUCAUCCUCCAUUUCCCUGGAGUCUCCACUCUCCAUGUGUAUUUUUAUAGUUCCUUGUACUAUGAUGUAGUUUUGAAGUUAGGCCUCGUUUGUGAAAGUGUUAAGGUAGAGGAACAAUCCGAGAGAAAGUUUUUUUUUUUUUUUUUUUUUUUCUUUUGUUUUUUUUACGUGCGAAGACACCUUCUUUCUUUACAAAGAAGAAAGAAAGGAGAGGAGAAAUGGAGGGGGUGGUGGUGGUGGGGAGGGGUAAAAGAAAAGAAUACUAGAGCUGUCUGUGGGAGGAAAGAGACGGAUGAGAACCUUCUGGAUAGAAGGCUGAAAAACAGAAGGAAUAUCGUGGUGAAGACGAAGAAGUAGGGGGGUGACUGAAGGAUCCUCGAAGGAUGGCAUGAUGGAGGAGGAUGAAGGGAUGAGGAAAGACACACAGUGAGACCAUGUGUGAGAGAGAGAGCAAUGGAGCAACGGAGGAGGGUUUUUAAUAGACUCUUGAAAGAGGCUGUGUGGAACGGUGCUGAGGAACGAGCGGACACGGAGGUGUUCUCAACUAAACACGCGCACACACAGAACGCUGCUGAGGAGAAAAGAAAGGGAUUCAAUCUCUCGCAGACGGAUGGAUGGAGAGAAAUAGUCUUUCAUGCAGCCGCUCACACUUUUUUUAUUUUCAGUUCUUGAGAAGUGAGGCGGAAAUAUUUGAGACUCAUUUCAAAUUCCUUCAGUGUCUCACAACACGCCUUAGUAUAAUACAACACACACACACACACACAUAUCUGCAGAUGCUUACUUUCAUUCUACAGCCUCAGAAAAUGAGAAUGCACUUGAAAAGACACAUACAUCUUUCAAGAUUCACACACACACACACACACACACACACGCACGCGCACACACACACACAUACACAGAAUGCACAAUCAGACGCCAUUCUGCCCUUCUGCCAUUCUGCUCAAGCACAUGGAUGCUGAUUACCUCAACAAAUGAAUUCUGAUUGGAGUCUCACACACACACACAUCGACACAUGUUCUGAUUGCGCUCAUGCAGUUCUGGGACUGGAGGACACACACACAGCCAUGUGUUUCCUUGAUUGUGCCGACACGAGUUUCGUUUCUUCAAAAAGUGUUCUUUUUUACGUUGCUGUGUGUGCUGUCUGUGCGGAUGGUAGAAAGUGUGUGUUAAGGCAAGCUAUGCUGCUGCCUGUGUUACAGCUAAUCAAUGUGUAGGGUAAGACUGGAGUCCUCACUCUCACACACACACACACACACACACACACACACACACACACACACACACACACACACACUCCCACUGUAAAAAAAAAUAUUUGGUGUUGUAACAAAGUAAGAAGCUUUGCUGCCUCAAAAAUGAGCUUUUAUUGACCUUCAAAUAAUAACCCGAAGUCAUGAUUCAAACAAUGAAAAAGAGUGAGUUGAAUAAUAAAUGGUUAAAUACUUUUUUGUAUUAUUAUUAUUAUGCCCAAGAAACUGCUAUAAAGGCAUAAGAGCAUUCCUUUCCAGUGAAGCUAUCAGUGUGUGAAACUAUGUUUUAGUCUAUCCUAAGUUAAUGUUAGCCACUGGUGCUAACGAGAAGAGUGAAGCAAAAGCAGUUUAAGUGAAUGGCUUCACACAUAAGUCCCGCGCAGAUUCAAAUCUGUAUUCUCUAAACUUGCUGUUUGAUGAAACUGUGCUGAGGUGUGUGAAGCUGUGGUAGGCUAAGGUACUGUAGUAGCAUGCUACCUGCUACUAUGACAACUCUGUCUGUUUUAGCAAAAUGCUUCCUGCACAGUCCAAACAGUACAAAUAAGCGCUACGUUAGGACAGUGAUUAUUUAGCUGGCUACCCAGCAUGGUCCUGCUGUUGACCAGCAUAAUAUCAUCCAAAACACUGGCUGGUGUUGCUGGUGACCAGCAAUGCUGGUCCAUGCAGGUUUUUCCAGCAAGGCACUGUAUGCAAGUUUCCUUUUACUGUCCUGAUCCACUCAUUAGCAUAGUUUAGUAUAUUGGAUUGUGCUAUACAGCACCCAGCAAAUCACUUUUUUGAUGUACUGUGUCUGUGUUUAAAAAUCCAGCCACAAAAAACACACAUUUUGAGUGCAGAAGUUUUUAACGUCAAUGUGAAAUUAAAAUAGACCUUUCUUACCUUGUUAGUUAAUAUCCCUGGUCACAUUAAGUACAAAUCAUUGUAUAUCAUUAAAAAUACAAAUACUUGUUUUAACAUAAUCCUUGAUCAAAGUGUAGCGAUCUUUGCCAGGCUAAAAACGUUUUGAUAUUUGAUUACACUACCAGCAGAAUAUAGGGAAUAUUAAUCAAUAUAACCAACAAUAUUAGCCCAUAUCAUUCACCCCAAAAAGUAUUUGGACACUGGUAAACUUAAUAUAAAAUAAAACUUUGAAGAAGAAUUCACACCAGACUGUAUUAAGAGUACUGUACAGCACAGAGGUGGAGACCUCAAAGUCUUGGGCUGUUUUUCUCAUGAUGGUAUCUCUGAGCUUGAGUUCAUUGAUGCAGUCAUGAAGAAGUGUUCAAAGGCAUUUUGGAUCCAAACCUGGAGAAUCUGCAGAGAAACAGCUUAAACAAUAACAGUCUGAAACAGCAGCUGUUGUUUGGAAGAACACUCGGCCAAAAAGAAAAUUACAGUCUUGGAAUGAUCUGCUUAAAAUAAAUUCCUCUUGGUUUGAUAGGUUGUUUCUUGUACAGUGAACCUAAUGCACUUUUAAGCAUGGCAAAAAUGUUCAAAUACUUUUUGUGGCUUCUAUGACAUUGAGUGAAAAUGUUCUGCUAGCUCAGAGACCCUUACUGAUACGAUUUCACUCACUAGCACAUCACAGUAUGGAAGGACAAUGCGUUAUAAAUUCUGAUCCACGUCGACUUUUACAGAAUCCAAAUUACUAUAAGAAGUUCAAAUGAGCACAGAUAUUUAAGGCAGCACAGUUACUUACUUUUAACCAGUUAAUAUCUGAUACGUUACAUUUACUUUGCUCUGUAUGUUUGAGUUUGGCCUAGAAAAAUGUGAGAAGUUUACAAAUUUACCAAACAAUAUGGAUAAAGCACUUCAUUUAUCGCAUUAAAUUCAGGCUUUUGGUCACAUGGAGUGACUGAUUUUUAACAAAACAAUAUUGAAUCUAAAUUUGGUUGUGAGAAAUGUGUAAAAAUUACAGUGGCCAUUUAACUUUGUCAAAUUAAUUCACAAUUAUAAACACAAUUUCAUCACUUCAUACCAAUCAGACCAAGAACUUUUCCUGACCAUACUAAAUGCAGCCAUUGGACAUAAAUGGGUUAAACGGAUCUUUUUACAGUCGUACACACAGUGGAAUACAUAAGUAUUGAGGUACUGCUCCACAUUGCUGGUGUAGUAGUACUCAAAGCGUGAAUAAGACAUGCCUGAUAUGAAAAAUGCAGUUCAGAUUUGAGUACUCUGGAUUUUUUUUCUGGUGUAAUACUGCAGUGAGUAAAGAACAUUUGUGUUUUUUGUGUCAUGUCAAGAUUCUUCAAGUUUCACAGUCAUGUCAGUGUUACUUUGCUGUUAAGCUACAAAAGGAAUGUGGUGCGUUUUCUGCCACUGUCUGUAGGUAUUCAGUACAUUCUCUGUUGUUCAGCUUUCAGAUUUGUGAAAUUUUUGGUUCAAAUACUGCUUUGCAUAAGCCAUGUUUCUGUCCUGUGGAUGUGGACAUACGAGUGUGUGUUUGUGUGCCGUACACACACACACAAGCCCCAGCAUCCGAGGACUUUUGUAUGAAUAGCAAAAAGCUUGGUGUCAGUGAGCUGGUGGAGAUGAAUGAAGUCUUGCUGGACAAUAACGGCUGCCACAACACCGAAGACGCCUCUGGAAAUACAAACGUUUCAGGACUUUCGUUUGUUUUUCCAUGUCAUUUUGUCUCUGGAGCUACGAUUUUCGUGUUUUUUUAUGUUGAUCUGUUUUUCGUGCGCUUGCUUUGGAACCGUGGAUGUCAGGAUCUGUAUUUUUUGCAAGCAAACAAAAAUGAGAACGGAAAGCAGAAGCAGAAGAAACAAGUGCGAUUCUAUUUUUUUUACUUAUUUUGUGUUGGUUUUUGUUUUGUUUUUCCGUAGAGAACGCUUUGCUGUGUGCGUGCGUGCGUGUGUGUGUGUGUGUGUGUGUGUGUGUGUGUGUGUGAGUGUACAUGUUUCUCUGUGCCAAUAGCCACUGAGCGACGGCCGCUUAAGGACCUCCGUUGCUCUCGACUUGCUGUGUUGAGACUUUUGUGGGACACUACAUUUGUGUGUGAGAUGUUUUUUUCUGUGUUCAUCCUUCCAUCCUCCUUCCCAGAUCCUCACUGCUCCCUCUUUCUUUUCCUCCUUCCCCUCCACCCCAUACACACCUCCUGAAAGGGGGGUUUAAAAAAACUAGUACAUUCCUUUGAAGAAAUGUUGAUUAAAAAAAUGACAAAAAUUGUUUAAGCACCA